GUGCAGUGAGAGCGUCCAGCAUCUUCCCCAUCCUCAGCGUGGGUCUGCUGUUCUUCGGGGGCCUGUGCGUGGCGGCCAGCGAGUUCUACAAGAGCAAACACAACGUCAUCCUCAGCGCCGGCAUCUUCUUCGUCUCUGCAGGUCUCAGCAACAUCAUCGGGAUCAUAGUCUACAUCUCGGCCAACGCGGGGGACCCAGGGCAGAGCGACUCCAAGAAGAGCUACUCCUAUGGCUGGUCCUUCUACUUCGGAGCCCUGUCCUUCAUCAUCGCCGAGAUGGUGGGGGUGAUCGCUGUGCACAUGUACAUCGAGAAGCACCGCCAGAUCCGUGCCAAGUCCCACUCGGAGCUGCUGAAGAAGUCAGCCUUCACCCGCCUCCCCCCCUACAGGUACCGCUUCCGCCGGCGGUCCAGCUCCCGCUCCACCGAGCCCCGGUCCCGGGACAUGUCGCCCGUCAGCAAGGGGUUCAGCACCAUCCCCUCCACCGACAUCUCCAUGUUCACCCUCUCCAGGGAUCCCUCCAAGGUCACCAUGGGGACGCUGCUCAACUCGGAGCGGGACCACGGUUUUUUACAGGUCCAUAACUCCAUCCCCAAAGAGUUCAAGGAGUCUUUGCACAACAACCCGGCCAACAGACGAACCACGCCGGUCUGAGGCGGGCGGGGGCGUUCUGUCAGGCUGCAUGACAUCAUCCUCGUGACGGUGUAACCCGUGAAAUCCCGUUUUUAAGGACAAACCCAGAUGGCUCCCCGUGCCCCUCCCCGCGGGGCUGGUUUUUCACUCCUGAAAUGCCACUGGCCGGGCCAGGCCACUGCGCCCACAGUGGGACCGGGACCCCUGC